GUACCGUGUUGGCACCAUACGCGAUCGAAAAGUUAUAUAGAGAUUCUUGAAGCUACAGAAGUCUAAGUAGCACACGACGAUGUCUCGCGCCGUUGUUUUCCUUCUGCUCGUCGCCAUUGCGUACAUUGGUUUGAGCACUGUUGAGGCCGAUUGUGGUCCCAACGAGAUCUGGAAACAAUGCUCGAGCAAAUGCGAGCCUACGUGCCGCAAUCCAAUGUCCAUGUGCAUCGAGGAAUGCGGUGAACCCAUGUGCCAAUGUAACCCAAACUACGUCAGGAACUCCCAAAACGAAUGUGUCCUCUACUCCAGGUGUUGAGUGGAAUGAUUUUAUUUACCUAUGGCGAACUUAGUUUUCGUGAAAAAUUUGUUGACCUUUAAAAUGGAUAAUAAAUAAUUUGCAUUCAAGAA